AUGAAUGAAUUGAUUAGCAUUAAAAGUUUAGACAAAAUACUCUAUCAAAGAUAACCUUAAAAACAGAAUUCAUGUACCCCAACAACUCUUUUUACACCAAACACCUCUCCGAAUUCUAGAUUAAGAAUACUAAGCCCAACAAAUAAACUCGAUUCAAGGAAUAAAUUCAAUCAAUCUCAAACUCCCACUCAAUAAUUUAAAACUAUGGUUAAAAGAGAUGCAUUGAAAAAGAAAAUGAACCUAUUAACAGCAAAGUUAUAAACAAAUAAGACUGAAAUCAUCAAAGAGGAGAAUGCCUUUAGUGACAGAUUACUGAUAACUAGUUUCGAGAAUUUCGUUAAUGAAACUGAUCAAAAAUUAUAGAAUAUAUGUACUUGGAUUAAUAAAUCGCCUUAAAAUAUUUCUAAUUUACAGCCUAAAAUACCCAUAAAUGAGGAGCAAGUAGAAAACUUUGAGAAGAAAAUCAUAAAAACUAAGUAAAUUUUAUAAGAAAAGAGAGAAUAAUUAAAAUAUGCCAAAUAACAAUAUUAGUCUAAUAAAUAAUUAUUGCAAUAACUGAAAUUCGAGUUAGAUUAACUCAAUGAAGAUUAAAAAAUACUUGAAAUCAGUACUACUAAUAGAUCUUUGAAGGAUGAAAUAGUUUAAAAUAGAUAAAAUCUAAUUAAACACAAGCAGAUGUUAUUAAAAGUGGAUUAAUUCAUUUCUAAGAAUUUAAAAGAACAAUUGUUAACUGAAGAUUGCUAAUUUGGACAAUACAUCAACAAAUUCAAUAAUAUCUUUAUGUAAAUGAUCAUAACACUUGAUUAAUAAAUCUGA